AUGUUAGCUAUUAUUCCUCAAUUAAGUUUAAUAUAUAAACAACAAACAAUUACCAAAACAAUGACAUAUUAUUUAGUAAUGUUAGGAUCCUAUCGAGCAUUUUAUAUUCUUAAUUGGUUUUAUCGUUAUAAAAUGGAACAAUUUUGGGAACCGAUUUCUUUCUAUUGUGGAUGUAUUCAAACAAUAAUUUAUAUUUAUUUUUUCAUUUGUAUCUAUCCACAAUUAAACAAUGAAAAUCAAUGUCAAUCAAUUGAUGUUACCAAAGAUCUUAUUAGUAGUAUUGAUAUCAAAGAAAAUAUCGAUCAACAAUCAAAACAAGAUAUACCUAUGAUUCAUGACGUCGUUUAA